AUAUCGGUCCAGGGUGCCCCCUUACCAACCUGCAUUGACACACGUGGUGAAGUAUGGUCAUGCAACACUCAAAACUGACACGGUCUGGAAAGGUCGUCCACCAUUGGAUUGACAAUGUGCCACAAAACAUAAUUAAUAUGAAUGUAGAGAACAAUUACAACAAUGACGCAAUGCGUUAUGAGCGCACUGCGUUGUGAACCUGGCGACCUGAAUUCGAUUGCGGACCACGGCUAACAUCAGCGGUGAGUAAUAUCUGAACAGGUCCUGGCUCCCACGCCCCCCUCCGCCCUCAACCCGCAAUUACCAGCGUGGUGAAGUAUGGGCAAACAAAACAAAAACUUUAAAACCAAGGUACGGCGUGGACAUGCUUCCAUCAACAAGUUGAAUUACGAUGCGCUGUUAAUAAUCACUGCUCGAAGGGGCUCUACAUCAUUAUCAUUGCUGAGUGUCAUUUUAAAACAGCGGUGUCAGAUCCAUAGGGGUUCGGACAAACUGUGUUGUCGCGCCUCAGGGUGCUUGGGAGAUGAGAAACUCGGCACAUUGGAUGCGGUGACAUUGAUGGGCGUGACGACGCGGCGGCAUUUGCAAUGUUGGUCUUAAUUAGUGUGUGGAGACUCACCACCGAGUCGCGCCUCCACGUAUCUCGACUCCACGGUAGCGAGUUUGUGAGCAUCGAUGGCGAUAUUGGCACACACACAAAGUUAGAUUGAUUUAAAGAUUGACAGGGUCUCUGCUCCUGCCACGCCCCGCGUGAAGCCGGGAAAGCCCCGCUGAGCACCCAGCGUGGGCCACAGGAUGGCCCUGCCUGGGAUGAUGUUCAUCAAACGCCUUCUUUGUCCUCCGUUACGUAUCUUGUGCACCAAUAUCACGAAUGCCACCACCACCGCCACCACCGCUACUACCACCGCCGGCACCACCACAGCCACCGCCGCCACCACGUCCGCGACUACCACCAUCGACAACGACCGUCAUGAGCCACUAAGUGGCGGUGACUUCACCACGGCGCUUGUGUGCACUUUAAUGCCACGUGAAGUGUCGAAUGCUCGCUUGGAGGAGGUCAUGGUACAGGCCCAGGUGCCAUGACUGAGAUGACUGGCAGAUGCACCAUCUGUGCCCCCUGCUGUGCCAACUCGCUGUGUUUUAUCCGCCCGGCGCUCCACUCGUUGUUGUGAGCCUCGCUGCUCUGCUACAAUCACCACCACCAAACCCACAAGAACCACCACCGCCACCACCACGCACCCCGCAAGCUCUCUAAGCCGAGGGAAGAAGAUUAGGCAGCAGAGCGGCUAAAUCCACUCCCGUUAAUUAGGCUUCGCCUCCCAUAAUCUGCGUCCCUGGACACUGCCCCGUGACAAACGAACGAGUCGCCGCUCCUGCGCUGAGGACGAAACCCUCACCCCCCCAAAACGCGUGCCUCGAUCGGUCGCGAGUCAACGCCGCCGGCGUCAGUCGUGGGAGUUAAUGCGUUGACGCGCGCGAAGGAUGCGACUCGCGAGCCCGCGAGCUCUCUGGGAUCGUCAGCAUGCCUCCGUCUGACGACUGCCUCCCGCUAUUUUUCGCCAUCUGCGCGCUGCUGUUCGCGCCCGCGACGCAAGCGAACUUCGCUCCAUUCUUCCACGAGGGAGGGAACAUGGCUUUCACGAGCCUCGCGGAAGACACCGCCGUGGGUACCCAGGUGUUCACGCUCAAUGGCAGCGACCCAGAGGGCGCGCGGGUGACGUACGGCAUGGAGGCGCCCCCGGGGCAGAAGGAGGUCUUCGCGGUGGAGCCGCGAUCGGGCAACGUGACCUUGGUGGCACCGCUGGACCGUGAGAGAGUGGACGAGCUGGACGUGAUGGUGAGCAUCUCUGACGGACUGAACACGGUCGUGGAGAAGGCUCGCGUGUUCGUGACGGACGUUAAUGAUGAGCCACCUGUGUUUGAUGGGAUGCCCUACACAGUCACCGUGCCUGAGGACUGUCCGAGUGGGGCGAGUCUGCUACGAGUCACGGCCACCGACAGAGACGCCGGCUCUGGGGGCAGCAUCCUGUACCACCUGCAGGGCGCGCGGGGGCUGUUUGCGGUGGACCGGCACAGCGGCGUCGUGCGCCUGAAGCCGAACGCGUCGCUCGACUACGAGAGGGAGCGCGCCCACACCGUCACCGUGGUGGCGCAGGACGGCGGCGGGCGGCUGCGCGAGGCGUUCGUGGUGUUCUCGGCGUCGGCGCUCGUCACGGUGGGCGUGAGCGACGUGCAGGACACGCCGCCCGCCUUCGUCGGCGUGCCCUACCACGCGGUGGUGUACGAGGACACCCCCUCCGGAGCGGACAUCUUCACGGUGGUGGCGUACGACGGGGACCAGGCGAUCCCCAACCCCAUUCGCUACUCCGUCGUCAACGGUAGCAAUGGACUGUUCCUGAUCAACGAAACUACCGGAGCCAUCACCGUGCCUGACGUGACGAGAUUAAACGAAGACUCGUAUCAGCUCUUCGUCCAGGCGGACGAGGUCGGAGCGUCUCCGCUGGGCCGCUCCGGCGCGCUGGCCGCCGUCGCGGUGACCGUGGUGGACGUGAACGACCACAGCCCCGUGUUCAGCGGCCCCGCGGGCCCGCAGCACGUGUUCCGCACGAGCGUCCGGGAGAACCCGCCGCUCGGAGAGGUCAUCCGCGGACUCAACAUCACCGUGUCCGACGGGGACAAGGGCGCCAACGCCAAGUUCCGUCUGCGCGUGCUGGGCGCCGGCGCCGCCCUCCGCGUCGUUCCGGGCACCGUCCUCAACGAGGCCCCCGUGGCGCUCGUGGUCACCAACUCGGCGGCAUUCGACUACGAGCGGACGCGCAGCAUCCGCUGCCAGAUCGUGGCGGAGGAGAUGGAGACGGUGGAGCGCCGCUCGUCGGCCGUGGAGAUCAACAUCGACCUCGUGGACAUCAACGACAACGUCCCGAGCUUCUCGCGGGAUCACUACGUGGCCAAGAUCCGGGAGAACUCGCCCGGAGGGUCAAUCGUCACCACAGUGCAGGCUGUGGACCCAGACUCCGGCAAGUUCGGCAAGAUACGAUACACGCUGGCGGGCGAGGGGGCUGACAUGUUCCUGAUCCACCCGAGCAAGGGCGUGCUGUACACGCAGCCGUGGGCCGAGCUGGACGCGGAGACGCGGACGCGCCACCACCUGGCGGUGCGCGCCGAGGACGGCGGCGGCCUGUUCGGCAUCGCCGAGGUCCUCGUGGCGGUCACCGACGUCAACGAGCACCCGCCGGCGUUCAGCGACAGCGUGCUGGAGGAGGUGAUGGUCAUCGGCAGGGCGCUGCACAUCCUGGCGACGGACGGCGACGCGGAGGCUCCCAACAACGUGGUGCGCUACUCGCUGGAGCGCGCCGAGCCGCUCGACGUCUUCGAGCUGGACACGGCGUCCGGCGAACUGCGCCUGCGGCCGUCCAUCCGCUCGCUGGCCGCGCUGCGCAACCUGACGCACCGGCGCGACUGCCGCUGGUCGCUGCUGGUGCAGGCGAAGGACGGCGGCACGCCGGCGUUCAGCAGCACCGCCGUGCUGCGCCUCGACAUCACCGAGGAGAUCAAGGAGCGGGUCCUCACGUACGUGCUGGGCCUAAAGCACCGGCCCUGGGCUCUCGUCGCCAUCUGCAUGGGCAGCGCCGCCGCGCUGGUGGCCGUGACGGCGCUGAUCUCCGGCGCCACGUACUGGCGCAGCGUCAAGCGCUCGCGCGUUCACCCGGAGGGGCGCAAGCGGGUGGUCGUCAUCAGGAGGAGGAGGAUGAGCGGGCAGACGACCUCACGAGACGGCGCGCAGACACCGCCGCCAGAGCCACCCGCGCCGCCGUCGUCGCCGCCGUAGGAGUCGCGACAGUUGGACGUGACCCUCCUCCGUACCUCCCUCCAGCCAGCAAACCUUUUUUUCCUCUUCGUCUUCUAACACAGGAUGAAAUCCGCCCCGAUCGUCGCGACGCACUGCGGCUCGUCGAGGUUGUGCCGAUUCGCUUCGGUUGAAGUGAAAAUGCGGUCCUUGCACGCUGCACGCGCCUGAUGAUUGCUCGGCGUCCCACGUGACGCGGGAGAGUGCUGAUGCGAUUCGAGGUCGAGGAUCUUGUGUGUGCACGUGUUCCACGCGAUGUCGGGAGCUCGUGUUCAAAGUACGAGGCAUUGGGUGUAUUGAUGCGUGUUUCACGUCGCAGAGCACUAACGCAAAUUAACAUAAUAGGUGACCUUUCGGGCAACGGCCCUUCUUCACAGCAAACAGAGAGGCCAAAGAGACGGAGUAACUCUGCCUCUCUUUAAGGCCGUGUUAUUGACGAAUGUGUUGAGUUUUGUAGUCGUUAAUGUUGCAGGUGCAUUACCACGUGAUUUGUUUCAAAUUAAGAUAGAGAUCGUGGAUGAGUGUGUGUGUGGGGAGCGCUCGUGUAGCGGUUAGCGCGCUGCGCUACGAACCCGGCGACCCGGGUUCGAUUCCCGCUCACGGCCAACACCAGUGGCGAUUAUAUCUGAACCGGUCCUGGGCCUCCCCUAGGUCGACUCAGCCUCAAACGAGUUUCUGGUGUGGUGUAAAAACAUCGCCACUGGGGAUACAAAGGCUGCCGGGUGUGGUGCUAGCCACUCCACCCCCUGAUGUGCCGUGCCGGCCUCAAUAGGUGCUCGCUAAAACACCACUUGCCCUAACAGUCUGUUCAAGGCUACACGUGGGAUCUUUGUCAGGCACAAAGAUCGUGCGUGCAUGUGAUCCUCAUGGCGGUGUCCCGGGAUACCCAAAUAAUAUUAAAUGGCCGAGGCAAUUAAAUGUUAUUUCUGGGACACAAUUUUUUUCCAGGGGUGUACUUCACUCCGCGACUGGGGUACCAAUCAAUCCGAAAUCAGUGCCACUCCGCGAUGUCGAAAUGCUAAACAUUAGCGUAACAAAAUCCGUUAUCGAAAAUUUCAACUUUGAAUAGUGCAUCAUGUACAGCUCGUCGAGAUAAGUCGACUGCCGCAUCGCCGACCAUCAACAGACUAAAAUCGACUGCGUCACGGACAUCGUUCGAGAGCCAGGGCACAAUGGUUCCCCGAGGUACCGCCAUAAGGUUCAUAUCACGCGGUACGUGAUUAGGUAUCACCAGGCGCGACUUAACAUUGAGAUUCGAACCGAGUGAAUUGCCUUCAAUCACGAGACAAUUAAACUCCAGGCAGCUUCUCGAACGUCACACCCCCACGGAUGGCGGCACAUAUAACUGGCAAUGAAUUACACAUCGUCAAUUCCAUCCGCCUACUCUACAUUACUCUGAACAAUGACUCUACCCGUUUGUAACAAUUUAAUCCUCCUAUAACUUUCUGGGCAAAUAUUUGUUCGUAGGUUAUUACGUUUCCCCGGUGAUAUCCAUCCUCGUGCAUGGGCUCGUGACGAUUAAUUGAUCGAAUUAUUAUAUUUAAUUGAUCGACUUUGAUCAAUUGAUCGACUGAUAUUGUUCAUUUCAUCAAUUGAUCGACUUUGAUCAAUUGAUCUACUUUUUAAGAAAAAUGAUCAAUAGAUCAACUGAUAUUGUUGAAUUGAUCGAUUUGAUCAGUUGAUCGACUGAAAUUGUUUGAUUGAUCGACGUUGAUCAGUUGCUCGUGUUUGAUCAAUUGAUCGACUGAUAUUGUUUUGUACGCACGGAUGGCACGUGCGUAAGAAUCUAGAUGUUAGAACAGCCGCGGCGUAGGGCACACUAACAUAGAGCGCCCUUCACAACAACUUUGUCAUGGAGCGUGUAAACACAACACUGCGUCAAUACAAUUUGAACAAUUUGAGAUGCACAGCAUCGUCGUGAGUAUACGCAGCUCAACAUACAUGAAAGGGAUACGCGCAUGAUGAUGAGUCAGAGCGAUGAGAAUAGGAGAAAAACGAUACCAUAUGGGGGUAGAGACAAGACCAAGCCGUACAGACGAAACACAAAUGCCAUAGCCGGGCUCAAGUGACAGCUGUGUUAUGGAGGGAAAUCCCACGCGUUGAUGUUGUUGAGUAAAUGCAGUUGUUUUUAAAUAAUGUAAUUAUUAUGUAAAUAUGCACGUUUCAGGUUCACGUGUUGCUGAAACAAAGUUGUAGGGUGUUUUUUUAUAUUAGAGUUAUUAUUGUUGUUGUCAUCAUUUCUGGCGUUAAUGAACGUGUUCAAAUAAUCUCGUUAUAGUUUGUAAGUGCAACUUUAGAACCCAUAUAAUAUUUACACGAACUGUACAGUACAAACUGUACACUCUAUACAGUAGGCACUGUACGCGAUCUACAGUGCACAUAUACUGUACGCAAUCUACAGUAUGUGUGCACUGUACAUGGUCUACAAGUGAGGGUUGUGCUGGAGAGAAAAACACUUGAUCAUUCAAGCCGGGUCUAUCCGGGUCGGCACACCACAUCGAGUAUACCAGUGACAUCACGUAUAACUCGCGACACAGGGACUCCUCUACUUGCAAACAUUUGACUUACGAACUUUCGCAGAUACGAACAAUUAGUCCGUAUGGCCAGUUUCCUGUUCGGACCGAGAGUCGUAAGUUCAACCGCCGUGCAAUAGAUUGCGGUGGUGGCAUCUACAUCUGUAGAACGUGAAGGACCAGUGACAUCUACAUCUGCAGAACAUGAAGAACCAGUGGCAUCUCCAUCUGCAGAACGUGAAGAACCAGUGGCAUCUCCAUCAGCAGAACAUGAAGAACCAGUGGCAUCUAUAUUUUCAGAACAUGAAGUUCAGUGGCAUCUACAUUUGCAGAACAUGAAGAACCAGUGGCAUCUACAUCUGCAGAACGUGAUAAAGAAGUGGCAUCUACAUCUUCAGAACGUGAAGGAUCCAGUGGCAUCUACAUCUGUAGAACGUGAAGAACCAGUAGCAUCUAGAUCUGCAGAACAUGAAGAACCAGUGGCAUCUACAUCUGCAGAACGUGAAGAACCAGUGGCAUCUCCAUCAGCAGAACAUGAAGAUCUAGUGGCAUCUAUAUUUGCAGAACAUGGAGUUCAGUGACAUCUACAUCUGCAGAACGUGAAAAAGAAGUGGCAUCUACAUCUGCAGAACGUGAAGAACCAGUGGCAUCUACAUCAGCAGAACGUGAAGAACCAGUGUCAUCUACAUCAGCAGAACGUGAAGAACCAGUGGCAUCUCCAUCAGCAGAACAUGAAGAACCAGUGGCAUCUAUAUUUGCAGAACAUGAAGUUCAGUGGCAUCUACAUCUGCAGGACGUGAAGAACCAGUGGCAUCUUCAUCUACAGAACGUGAAGAAUCAGUGGCAUCUACAUCUGUGGAACGUGAAGAACCAGUGGCAUCUACAUCUACAGGAGAUUAUACAACUUUUAAAGCCAUUCCCCGUGUUUAGUGCACACGCCGUACAACAUGUUUGGAAUCGACGAGAGUAAAGUUGAACUUACGAACAAACCUACUUACGAACAGACCUGUUGAACCUAACUCAUUCGUAAGUAGAGGAGUCUCUUAUAUUAAACUAACCCAUGCUAACUAGCUUCAUUGGAACACUUAACUCAUCGUAGCUUUACUCAAAACACUUCACGCAGGAUUUGCGUUCUUGCAGCAUCUCCCCACGGAGGACCGAAUCUCAGUCAACUUUUUUAUCCACUCAAUCUGCCAACUCUCAACUGAAAACUAUACUUUCUGCAAAACGCGAUUUCUUGGCUAUCAAUUAGUGUUUUUCUUCUCAUGGGACACCCCUCAAAUAUAUAAAAGACUAACGUGUCGAGCAAUGGCCCUUUUGCAGAGCAGAGCUUUUUCCCUUGUAAGUAGGUGUCAAUGGUGGCGAGAUGUUAACUUCCUCGCCAGGUGUACAGGGGUCGUGGGUUUGACCCCGAUCCUGACAGCUGCUGUGUAUUUUUGAGUUUGCAUGUCCUCUCUCUCCGUUGUCACGUUGAUUUUUCUCCGGGUCCUCCGGUGUUCCCCUCCACAUUUAGAAUCGGCAUCACGCGUUUAGAAUAUUUGGCUGCUCCAAAUGUCCACGUGACGGUGAGCCAUCAUUUGUGAUAGCGAGGUCACUUCUGAGAAAGAGCUACGUGGCUCAGUGGGCCUUGGUAAAAUAACAAAAUAAUAGUUUAGUUUCGUGACGAAUGUGGGAGUGUUUUCUUCUCAAUUUGUUGUUUUAACAAAGUCAGAAAACACUUUGAGGGGCUGCUCUGCCGGAUGCAGCACGCUCUGCUUAACAUUUUAUGGAGCUGAAAAAAAACCCCACAAAUGAAUCUUCUGAACGAGGGCCAUUACCCAUAAAAUGUUAUCCUAUAUAAGUCCACGGCAGUGACCGCGUCCACGUUAAUCGUUGUAAUUGUUCCGCUUGUUUACUGGGGAACCCCCAACGGAGGUCUAAAGACGAUUGAUUAUUUUAGGAGCAUCCUGUAACGUUUUUUUUUACGCUAUAAGAGGUGUGUGGUGUUGCUGCUCCUGCUUCUGCUGAUGUGUAGUCCACGUUGAGUAAUUCGCUGGUAUAAUUUUCAGCAAUGGGGAUGUUUGUCCAAUGGCAGCGUUGCACUGUAUGAUUUUUCUUGAGAUUAUUGCGCACGAAAUUUUUAUCUUUUCAAGAUGGUUUAAGUUGUCGAGUCGACACCGACUCCCGGUUCGUCCCAAAACCAUCGGCUCGAGUCGCACGGAAACUCACGCCGCGACUCGCCGCCGCUGUCGGGGUCUACGGAAGAAAUAAAACAAAUCAACAUCGUGGCGUUUUGGUACCCGCAACAUACAGACCAUCCAUAAAUGACGUCACGCACCUGC